UUAAAUACGUUCUCUCUUUUCCACUCUUUGUUUGUAUUCAACUGGAAAUUGCUGUUGCUCUCUCUCUCUCUCUCUCUCUUUGCUGGAUUGUUGAGAUUGGCUUGUUGCGCAAAUGGCAGAAAGAAAACCUAACCGUAGAGAGUGAAUGAACUGCAAGGACUCUGUGUACAGUUUCUUGAACUGUACAGGUAUUUGAGGUUAAUGAUACCUUCCAAUAGUAAUUUUUCGAUGAGGAUGUAUCUAUAAAUACUCAGAACAUUGCUCGAAAGAAGUUAAAGAAAUGGAUAGAUCCGACACAUCUGGUUUCGUGAGCGGUGGGGGCAGCUUGUAUGUUCGUGUUUUCUUCAUUUUAAUCUAUAGAUUAUCGUACUAGUGUAUCUAUCAUAGUCUUUUAAGCUGCCACUUCAUUCCUUCGAAAAAGUUAUAGUUUGAGCUAAUAAGAUCAACAACAUGCAUCCUUCCUUCUACUCUGAGUUCGUUAAGAACUGUAAUGGCGGAGACACUACUCUACAGUUGAAUGCCUUUGCUUAUGUGUCAAAUGAGGCUUCCAUGUUUGGAAGUAGUGAGAUGAGUGCUGGUGGUCAGGGUAUUAGCGUAAACAAUCCCGAUGAUGGAUGCAAGUUAGUACUUGGACUGGGACCAACUCCCAGUUCAUAUUCCGAUAGCUACUCGCUUCCUAAGGACGACAGUACUAAAGAUCUUGCACCUGUAUACACCUCGGGACAUGACUCAAUGUUGAAGCUUGGUCUUUCUGGAAGUGCUGAUGUAGUUUCUGAUGCAUUCAAUGUUCAAGCUUCAGUUCAGCUCGGCGAUGAGGGCUCUACUUCAUGCAAGAAAUCGGGUGGCUAUAUGAAGAGCCUUGUUAUGGCCCCAAGAGUGGAAGAUGCCAACAGGUUGUUGACAAAAAAUAAAACUACAGAAGUUGGUGCAAAAUCCAAUUUCCAUCUUACUAGGCCGAGUUCUGAGCCUUCAUCUGUCUCUGAUCGCUCCAUGAGUGCUGUGUCUGAGCCUAGAAGUGCUUCGGAAUCAUCACAUCAGAGGGGUGUAAAUUCAAGAAGAUGCAAGUUUGAUGGAUGUAUAAAAGGAGCACGGGGGACAACAGGUCUGUGCAUUGGCCACGGGGGCGGACAUAGAUGCCAAAAGCCCGGAUGCAACAAAGGUGCAGAAAGCCGAACAGCCUUCUGCAAAGCACAUGGAGGAGGGAGACGGUGCCAUCAGCUUGGAUGCACGAAAAGUGCCGAGGGAAAGACGGACCACUGCAUUGCCCACGGUGGGGGGAGACGCUGUGGAUUCUCGGGAGGGUGCACUAAAGCAGCGAGAGGGAAAUCCGGCCUUUGCAUAAGGCAUGGUGGGGGUAAGAGGUGUAAGGUGGAAAGCUGCAUCCGAAGUGCUGAGGGACAGACCGGUUUGUGCAUCUCUCACGGUGGUGGGAGACGUUGUCAAGUCACUGGCUGCACUAAAGGCGCGCAGGGGAGUACCAUGUGCUGCAAGGCUCAUGGUGGUGGGAAGAGAUGCAUAUUUGCAGGCUGCACGAAGGGCGCUGAGGGGAGUACGCCCCUCUGCAAAGGGCACGGUGGUGGGAAGCGCUGCCUGUUCGAUGGAGGAGGGAUCUGCCCGAAGAGUGUGCACGGAGGUACUAGUUUCUGCGUUGCUCAUGGCGGAGGGAAGAGGUGUUCUGUUCCCGGAUGCACCAAAAGCGCCCGUGGCAGGACUGAUUGUUGCGUGAAGCACGGAGGAGGGAAGCGUUGCAAGGUUGAAAACUGUGGGAAGAGUGCUCAGGGUAGUACCGACUUCUGCAAGGCCCACGGUGGGGGAAAGAGGUGCAACUGGGGCGAGGGGAAAUGCGAGAAGUUUGCACGGGGAAAGAGCGGUCUGUGUGCUGCACACUGCACCCUGGUCCGAGGGAGGGAGGCGAGCAGAGGUGGAAUGAUAGGUGCGGGACUCUUCCAUGGCUUGGUGAGCCUUGAUAAGGCGCGUUCGUCAUCAGGUGGGAGCGUGAUCACGGACUCAACCAACUCGGUCGACAGGGCAGCCAAACGGCAGAAGCUCAUCCCACCUCAGGUACUUGUUCCUUUGUCGAUGAAGGCCUCGACACUCCAAAGGAGCGCGGGGGCUGGCGAGGACGCGCCAACGAGCUUUGGUUUCUCGGGUCCGGAGGGGAGAGUACAUGGUGGUGGACUCCUUUCGUUGCUUGGUGGAGACCUCAAUACUGCCAUAACUGGGAUUUGAUGUCUCCACCAACUUCUUCUUAUUAAGAUUUGUGUAAAUUCUUGAAUAAUAAUGUAAUGUGUGAUAUGUGCUGUAUGGUGCAAGAGGCAUGCUAUUUUGUAGAUGCAUUUGAAUAUUUAAUAAAACUUGUAAUUAUGCUGAAGAAUUAAACUGUUAUAUGCCAGUGCACUUAUUGAAUUAUAAACUUAUAUUAUUGCACUAAUUUUUUAAUAA